CAGUAGACUUUCAAUGUCUCGUUUUCAAGUCUCGUUCGAUUAUUGAUAGAAUAAAAUAGUUCACUCCAGAUUGUUUACUAAGAAAACUUCAGCCGACGAUUUACAUUUCAUUAAGCAGCAGAAAUGUCAGGCAAGCGAGCAGCAACAACAGAAUUGAAUCAUGACAAUUGGAAUGAAGAGAGUGAACCAGAAGAUGCAGGAACAUUUGCAUUAGCAGCGAACGAUAUACUUGAGAAGAGAGUUAUAAAGACAGCAAGGCGUCGUUUACCAUCAAAAGAUGGAGCUCCGGUGAAGAGUGCAUUUGGGACAUUUAGUGGUUUUAAAACCACUCCUGUAACGAGUCCAUCUCCAUUCAGUUUUUUAGCUAAUGUAAGCAAUGCGUCUAAUACAACUGAUACUUCUUCUGUAGCAGUGACGGCUGUAAAUACGAACAGUAGGCAAAUUGCAAGCAAUGGUUCUUCUAAGACUUCCAAGAACGAUGCUGAUAAAAAGGAAAACCCUACCAAAUUGCAGACACUAUCAAAUACAAAUACAAGCAAGAAGACUUCUGUUGAGCAAAAGAAUGAGAAGACAAAAAAACACUCGUCGGAUUAUCACGCAAAAUUGAAGGGACUGAAUGAGAGUGUCGCUACAUGGAUAAAAAGUCAUGUAGAUGCUAAUCCAUUUUGUAUAUUAACACCUAUAUUUAAAGAUUAUGAGAGAUAUUUGAAAGAGAUUACAUCAAAAGAAGAAAGUACCAAAGCGCAGACCUCGCACAUUGCAGAGCACACAAAACAGAUUGCAUCGAACAAUAGCAAGCAAGAUAUAAACAUGGAAAAAAAAUUAGAGAAAUCGCCAUUUGGCAAUUUGAACGCGAAUACAAACUCCCCUUUAACUACUGGCACGGAAUGGAAACCAGAAAAAUCGAUAUUUUCUAACAUAAAUGCAAAUACUAAAUCAAUAUUUAGUAACACAGAACAGAAAACAGAAAGCCCUAAAUCUGUAUUUGGUACAGAUAUGACUUCUGAUAAGAGCAAAUCUAUUUUUGGAAACAUUGACUCGAAUGUUGCUAGUAAAAGUAUAUUUGGCAACACGAACGUGGAAAGUAAUCCUUUCUUACACAAAUCUGCAGUUUCAGACAGUGGAAAGACAGAUGAAGAAGAAGCAAAAUCUAGUGCGAAGUCUGUCGCUUCUACUUUUCCUACCUUUAGUUUUGGACAGAGUUGUGCUACUAGUAAUGUGACUGCUGGAUUUAGUUUUGGAAGUGCAAAGCCAUUUUCAUUUGCUCCUCAAGCGGUAAAACCGCAGGACUCCGAGGAUAAAACUGACAAUGAAAAUAAAGAUGAGGAAGAUGAGGAACCUCCAAAACCAGAUUUUAAACCAGUAGCUGAAGAAGGUGCUAUUUAUGAACAAAGGUGUAAAGUUUUUGUGAAGAAAGACAACAAUUACAGUGACAAAGGCGUUGGAAUGUUAUAUCUGAAACCAACACCAAACGGAAAGACACAAUUGAUAGUACGUGCCGAUACUGCUUUGGGUAAUCUGUUACUUAAUACUCUGUUAACUCAAAGCAUUCUCACCAAACGCAUGAACAAGAAUACAAUAAUGUUGAUUUGCCUACCGAUGCCAGAUUCCUCGCCACCACCAGUCCCAGUACUAUUAAGAGUGAAAACUGAUGAAAUCGCGGAUGAAUUAUUAGAAGCAUUGAAUAAACAUAAAAAAUAGAAAAAAAGUUGCGCAAAAUUUGUUUUGCGUAUUCGAACAAAGACUUUUUUUUGAUGUUAUCUAAUGAAUAACGAAAAUGAGAUGAAUGCAAAUACAUACAUAAUGAAAAAUUCGUUUAUUAAUCAGCAUAACGAUUUCGUGUUGAGCUUUAUUCGUCAUUCCAUAAAAUGUAAAUUACGCGAUCGCCUAGGAACUUAAACAUAAUCAUUAGAAACGAAGAAUUAUGGAUAAAUAUCAAUGGUAAAUGUUUUCCAGUUGUUAUUUCAUUAACAGAUGUAUAAAAACAUAAUUGUCCUCUUACUAGACUUUUCUCUAAUAAGAGGUAUUCUAAUAAGAAUUCAAUUGAUUCAAAUGAUUUCUAAAAAUUUACAGAUAUUACAUUAUUUGACUGUGUUGCAAAUUUAAUUAAUAAUGUGAUAAUAAUAAUUGGAAAUAUAUGUAUAUAGUAGAAAUACAAUAUUGUAUAUUAUGUACGAGGCAGUUUAUGUUUGUGACAGCUGCUGAAAUAUUCUGUACUAUUAUUAGAAGUAAUUGUACUGUUACAAUUAAUUACAAAUGCAAAAAAAAUUAUAUAAAAUUGUCUGAUAUCUUAUAAAACAAAUUCCUUAAUUUAUAAUAUAUAACGAUUUGUACAAAAAGUAAAAAGAUAUUGGAUAUUCCUCUGCUAAUAUUAUGUUGUACUUAGAAUAUAAUUUAUGUAUUACGAGAUAAAGAUUUAGAGACAUAUUUGGAAAUCAAUCAACAUUCAGGACAGGGAAACAUUCAUUUUACAACUUGUAGAGUUAUAAAUUAUAAUUUUUUACUCUGUCACUUUACCUAUAGUACAUUUGUUAUACGUAUUUAAUUAUACGAAAUUAUUAUAUCUC